GCACAUUGCAGCCUUGCUGCAAAUUUGUGACUUUUUCUUUUUGCUUAAAAUAGAGCUCAGGUUGCUAGAAAUGACGGACACCGAAAUGGUGGAAGGAGUCCCGACGAAGAUCGUUAUGGUCGGUACAUCUAGCAUGACACUGCAUCAGAGGUUCUCGCGAAUGCCCAAGCCGAAGGUGGUGCCGAGCAAGCAAACAGCUGAGCGGCCGGCGUCACGCGGAAGUGCUAGAGGACGUUUGCGAGGUCCAACUCUUGCCUCAAGGCGUGCAGCCAUCAUGCGUACCCAGCCGGUAUUUGAGAUUCUGGAGCCAGUUGAAGAUGACUUAGUGGAAGAAUAUCUACCUCUCGGACAGCAAGUUCGACGUCUGCGCGCACCUGUUUUUUAUAGACGCCCCAUAGAAGAACGAGUGACUCUUCCGCCACCACCGCAAGUGGUUUAUGUCCCUGUACCUGUUCGUAGCAAUAGAAGGCACAAUGGCAGAGGCUUGCGCGGCCGUGGAGUCCAGCGAGGAAUUGGACAGAGAAAUAAUGUCCGCGGCAUUGUGAACAAUGCGAACUUCAAGAAUCGUUUUGGCGGCACUGCUGGACGUGGCGGCCGUGCUGGAGCGGGACGAGGAAUGAGACGUCCUCACUACACACCUCUGCCGAAGAAGACGGUUUCCCAGUUGGACCUGUUCAGGGAGACAUAUCUCAGAGUUUCCAAAUUCUUCUCAUUUUGUCUAACUCAUAUUGAAGUCUACAGUAGAAGAGUCACUUAG